GAUUUUACAAGAUUUUUCAAUUUAUGAGCGCUUGCACGCUGACGUCAUCACUGUCUCCUUCUCUUUCUUUCCUUCGGCGUCGGUCCAUAAAGCCGUCCUUGCCCUCAAAAAAAAUUUGAGGGCAAUGUUUACAAAUCGUAUGAGAAUUCGAUGAGGUUAUGUUUUCGAUGCAAGCCUCUAUUUGAAUCAAUUACAAAAAUUAGAAGCAUGUCAGCCGAAACACCAGAACCCUGGAAGGAAAGCAUCGAGGUAAAACUGGAACCACCCGAUGAACCUGCCGACACUCCACUACUUGAUGAAAAGCAUCGGUUGAAACGACUCCGAGCCUUGAAAAAACUCUUGAUCAAAGCCGAUGCCUUUGAAUCGUUGAAACGACGCUACCUGGAAUCACUUGAACGUUCGAAUGACGAUUCCGGAGAAACAGCGACCCCACCGGAUGAGCAGCCAAGUGAGCCGCGACCGAGCGAAGGAGCAGCACAGUGCAUCUGUGAGCUUUGCGGUCAGACAUUCGGAAGCAGCAAAAACAUGCUACGGCACAUGGACGGAUAUCACACGAUACCGGGAGUGGUUGUUCGACGCGGUGGGAAGUCCUUGUUUCGGUGUAAAUUUUGCGAGUUGGAGUUUCCGGCACGGAAUCAGUUGCUGCGGCACUGUCAGCAGGGACAUGCGGAUUCGAUUGGAAGGUGGAAGAAGAGUUUUAAGUGGCAAGAGAUGAAGCAAGCUGAUGGACCGAAAAAAUUGAAGGGUUGCGUCGGUUGCGAUGAAAUGUCAGGAAGUUUGGAGGAAUUGGUUCGGCAUUUGGAGAAAAGUCACGCCGGCAGUUUCUGUGAUAUCUGCUACAAAGUGUUCAAGGAUUCGAGUGUUGUGUUGCUGCAUCGGAGGGUUCACUUGGGACAGAAUCCGUAUGCGUGCGAUUUGUGUCCGAAGGUGUUCAAAAGUCUGCAGCAUGUCGCGGAGCAUCGACAAAGUCAUACGGGUAAGCGACCGUACCAGUGCGACGAGUGUUCGUUGGGAUUCGCACGAGUUGGUGAUCUCAAUAAACAUCGAAAUUUGAGGCACGCGGCAGCACCGUCGUAUUUGUGUACGGAGUGUCCGGAAGCAUUUUACAGUGCGACGAUAUUUCAUCGGCACCGACAAAAGCACCGGAUGGCCGCCGAAAUGGGAAUUGAAGCCACGAGGCUGGCCGUUUUCCCUUGCGAUCAGUGCGAUGAGCUGUUUGAGAAUGGCAACGAUCGGAAGGGGCAUGUGCUGGUUAGGCACUCCGAGGGGAGACCGUUUGCGUGUGAUGAGUGUGGGAAACGAUUCAAAGCGGCAGGUCACUUGAAAGCGCACAAGUUGAUCCACAGCGGAGUCAAGACGCAAAAGUGCGAUGAGUGUUCAGCUUCUUUUUACUUGGCAGGUGAUUUGAGAAGACACCAGAAGACGCAUCGUAAAAAAGAGGACAGUUAGGAAGCAAGUUUUACAGAGCAUCAUGUCCUUUUGUAUUCAUCAACGUCAUCAAACGAUCCUCGUUUUUUUGUGGAUCAAUCAACUUCGGGUGAGUCAAUUAAACAGUUCGUCUUCAAAACGUAAGUACCCUUUCCUUUUAUGCCGAAAU